AUGAGUGACAAUUUUCUUAGAGAGUUAAUCGUCUUCAAUGAAGUCAAGAAAAGGAAUAACGAUGCCGUCUCGCUUAUGUUCACAUCGGAACAGAUUAAAAAAUUCGACGCUUUCGUAAGUUUUUUUUUUUCAAUGAGUUUUAUUGUUUUUUUUUUCUUUUCAGAAUAGCAAGGAAAGUUCGAAUGCGAUUUCCAUCGCUGAUGUAACCAUACCAGAGACACUAAAAAGGAAAAGGACGCACACGAACUCGUUAAACGAUUCGCAGUCAAAAGUCAACGGAGUAUGAUUAUUAAAAAUAAAUAUCAUCAGAUUUAUAAUUUUCAGAAUGUGAAUGGUGGUAUCGGAAUCAAGAGAGCGAAAAAAGAAUCUAGCUCAGAUUCAGAUAGCGAUGAGCCGAAGGCGAAAACUCAACCAAAGGUAAACUCUCCAUAGAUGCAUCAAAGUAAUUAAUGUAUUUCAUAGGUAGUACCUGCCAAGGUAGCAUCUAAGAAACCAGAAUCAAGCUCCAGCGACUCUUCUGAUGACGAGCCAAAAGCUAAAGCCCCGGCAAAAAAUGCAGUUAAGGUUGUUAAUAAUGAAAUGAGCAUUAUUUAAAAAUGAGCUCUUGUUCAGGCCCCGGUCAAGCUAGCACAGAAAAAAGCUGAUACAAGCGAUGACUCUUCAGAUGAUGAUGAGCCCAAAAAAGCUCCAGUCAAAACACAAGUUAAGACAGCUGCUGCGACAAAAGCAAAGAAGGCUGACACUAGUUCUGAUAGUUCGGAUGACGAUGAACCCAAGGCGAAAACUCCUUCCAAAGCACCUUUAAAGGUUUCUGACCAAACGUUUGACAUACAAAAUUGAAAUUUUGAGUCCGCCGCAGCCAAGCCGGCCGCCAAAAAGGAAGAUUCAAGCUCUGACUCUUCUGAUGAUGACAAGCCGAAAAAAGGGGCUGCUCAACCGGUGAAGGUAAUAGUUUGUCGUUUUCAUCUGAUGUGAUGAUUUUUGGUAGGUUCUUUAUGAAGUUAUGCCAAUUUUUUGUCAAAAACAUUCAUGUAAUAAAACUAUUUCAUGUUUUUACAGUCUAUAGUUUUUCUCCGCUUUCAUUAAAAAAAUUUUUUUUCUCACUUUGAAAGGAAACUGUUGCAGAAAGCUGUUCCCGCAAAGCCGGCAGCAAAGAAAGCUGAAUCCAGCGACUCGGACGAUUCCGAUGACGAUGAACCAGCCAAAAAGCCGCCAGUGAAAGCUCCAGUUGUCGCAAAACCAACAGCUAAAAAGGCCGAAUCUAGCGAUGACUCUUCGGAUGAUGAUGAACCGGCUGCCAAGAAGGCUCCAGUUAAAGUACACUUAUUCUUUGAAAGAGAAAAUCUAUUAUCCGUUGUUUCAGGCCGCUGUACCCGUCAAGAAGCCAGUUGCGAAAAAAGCAGAAACUAGCGACUCCUCCGAAUCUUCGGAAGAUGAGCCGCCGGUGAAAAAACCUGCAGUCGCUCCGAAAGUUGCACCAGCCAAAUCGCCCGUUAAGGUUGGACUUAUUAAUUUUGAUUCUUGUAGUUUUUUUGGAUGUUGAAAGAGAGCUAAUUUAAUUGGGAAAACCAAUUUUUUUCAAGUUUUCAAUAAGUCAACUUUAUUGAUAGUUCAGUUUUUCAAAGUAAUUUUGAAAUUUCUCUUGCCCAGAGGUCGUUUAUUAUAUCAGUUUCGAUUAGAUCCGAAAAAAAUAGCCAAUCAUUUCACAAAAAAAUUUUUGAUAAUUUUGAAAAAUUCAAAUAUAACUUUCAUGGUUCUCUUCCUCCACGCCACAGAUCUGUCUGUGAGCGAAAUAAACAUUUCAUUCAUUCAUUCAUAAAUUUAUAUUUCAAACAGUUUUUUUAAGUGUGAAAUUUCAAAAAGAUCAACGAGAUAGAACUUCAAACCACCAUCCAUGACGACAUUUCGAGAGAUUUUUGAACAAGAAUUUAAACUUUAAAGAGGUAUUAUGAAAUAUUGAUAUUUCGAUAAAUUAUUUUUAAUGACAUAUCUAUCGAAGAGAAAUAUUACAUAUAUUCUUUUUUUCGCAGACGCCUGUAGCUGCUAAAAAAAGGCUGAAAGCAGCGACGAUUCAUCCGAUGACGAUGAACCCAAAGGAAAACUUGCAGCCAAGGCUCCAGUGAAGGUUUUUUUUUUACAAAUAAGAAAUUCUUAGAACGGAAAAUCUCCGAAUCUCUUGAAAAAAAUUUUUUUUCUUAUUUUUUUCUAUUUUUUUUUUGUUAGGUUUUUUUUACGGUUUUUCUAUUCAUACAGCGGAGCUCGAAAUUCUGAUUAACUUCAAUUUUCUAGGCGCCUAUUGCGAAACCAGCUGCUAAGAAGGCCGAAAGCUCUUCUGAUUCUUCAGAUGAUGAGCCUGCUCCAAAAGCGGUGGCGAAACCUGCGGUUUGUUGUUCACUUUUUAUUUUACCGGCUUUUGUUGAUUUGUAGGCCGCCGCAGUGAAAUCUGUUGCCAAAAAAGCCGAAUCUUCGUCGGAUGAUUCCGAUGACGAAGCCCCUAAAAGCAAGGCUCCUGUUAAGGUAUCAAAUAAUGAAAUUUAUAUUCUCAAAAUGCGACAAAGCUCUUUUCUCGUCAUGAAAACUUCAUUGAAAUUAACUUUCAGGUCGCGGCGAAGCCAGCUGCAAAAAAAGCCGCUUCAAGUUCUUCGGACUCUUCUGAUGAUGAUAAGCCUGCACCAAAGACUGCCACUGUAAAAAGCCCUGUCAAGGUUUUCAUUUUUUUUUUUUUUCAUUUUUUCAAUAUUCUCCUUGAGGCUCCUGUCAAGCCAACAGCCAAAAAAGCCGCUUCGAGUUCCGAUUCGUCGGAGGACGAUGAGCCAGCCGCUAAAACGCCCGCAAAAACUCCUGCCAAAACGCCCGUUGUCGCGAAAAAACCUGCGGCGAGUUCUUCAGACUCUUCCGAUGAUGAUGAACCUGCGGCUAAAACGCCAGUGAAACCCGCAGCUAAGGUUUCACAUGAUUUUUUCUAAAAUGAAUAUAUGUAAAUUCGGAAAUGAUGAUGAGAAGAAUUAACCGCAUGAAAUCGUUUCUAAUUAAAAGUUAUGCUCGAACUUGUUUAUAAGUCUCACGAUCAUAUUGAUUCUGGAAUAAGGUGAAUUUGUUGAAAACUUUCCUAUUCAUUUUUCUUCCCAAUUCUCUGCCUUUCUUCAUACUUUUGUUUUUAGUUGGCAACUCCUCCGGCUAAAAAGGUGGCUGAGAGCUCCUCUGACUCGUCGGACGAUGACGAACCAGCCAAGAAAGCAGCUCCAGUAAAAACUCCGGCUAAGGUGUGCCAGAAAAAAUGUCUCGAGCAUGCCAUGUUCCAAGUAACUUCUUCAUAAUUAAAAAAAAAUUAAGCUAACUUUCUCAAUCUUGACGGCUAUUCGGAUUUCGAGGAAUCGCUUUGAACACGGCAUAAGCUUUUUUCCAGUGAGUGCGGAGCUCAUGUUCUCCAAGACUUUCACCGAGUUAAUAGUAAAUACAUAAGAAAAUCUCUCAUUAUUUUUUGCCAUCCAUUUUUUAAGUUGGAAAAUCCGAAAAUUUUCAAACUUUAUCGAUUUUCGACAAAAAAGUGAAAAAAAAAGAGUCUGACGAACUGGAAGCAGCCUUCUUCGCUGAUGAAAAAAAAAAUCGGGAAGAUAUUGAAUAAUAUUUAGACCCCAGUCUCGGCAGCAAAGCCAGCGAAGAAGGCUGCUUCCAGUUCGUCAGACUCUUCAGAUGAUGAAGCCGCUAACGUGAAAACUCCAGCUAAAACUCCGGCCAAGGUAACCUUCUUCUGUCUUUGGUUUUUGUACUUCUAAGUUUGAAAAAAAAAUUCCUUCGUGUUAUAGUCAAUCCAUCCCGAUUUGAAAGGCGAGGGAGGCGGAGAAGUGGACGGGACGCGUAGAGUGUGCGUACGCGGUUUUUGCACGAGUUCAAUUCAAGCGCCACCCACCAUUUAAAAAGCUCGCUCACCGCUUUUUUUGCAUCCGUUCUACUAUUUUUAAAUGCUUAUAUGAAAAAAAAGUCAAUAAUGAAUUUUAAAAGAAGAAAGAAAAAGCGAUAAACGAACUCUCUAAAUAGUCGAUGGCGCUUAAAUUGAGCUCGUGCCAAGAACCGCGAACGCGCACGCUACGCUUUCCAUCCCUCGCUUUUCAAGUCGGCAAUGUACGACUACACGUACUAUUCAGUAUUUUCGUAAAGUUGUUUUCGUAAACCGGUUAUAUUCAGACACCUGUAUUUGCGAAACCGGCUGCCAAAAAAGCUGCUUCGAGCUCAUCUGAUUCCUCGGAGGAUGACGCACCGGCAACCAAAACUCCGGGGAAGACAUCUGCGAAGGUUCAUUUUUUUUAAACGCAAAAAAAAAUAUUCGUUUCAGACACCUGUCGCUGCAGUGAAACCUGCGGCGAAAAAAGCCGCUUCGAGUUCUUCCGAUUCUUCAGAUGGUGACGAUAAGCCGGCCGCGAAAACGCCCGCAAAGGCGGGGAUGAAUUUUAAUGUUUUUUUUUUGUAGCGUUUGAUUUGAACAAGUUUUUUUGGUUUUUUUCUCUGAUUUUUUAAACUUUAUUCUGGAUGGUUUUCGACUCGAAGGCUCUUUUUAAAAAUAGAACGAUAGUAUCCCGAAACCUAAAACUUAUUCAUAAUUUUCUAUUACUAGUGAAUCCAUAAUUGAAAUAGAAAUUCAUUGAUCAAUCGAUUUUGAAUGUUUGGAAGCGUUUUUGAUACUUUUUUAAUUGAGUGAUGUAGAAGCAAGCAAUCGCUGAUUUGUGAAAAGUUUCAUUUUGGAAAAGGUUCGGAAAUAGAUGACAGUUAAAGAAAGUUUUCAAAUGGUAUCAUUCAAUUUAUUUUAGACACCUGCCUCUGCUGCUAAGCCUGCCGCCAAAAAGGCCGCUUCGAGUUCUUCUGACUCUUCGGACGAAGACGAACCCAAGAGCAAAACUCCUGCAAAAACUCCGGCUAAAACUCCUGCCAAGGUUAGAUUUUUUUAAUUUCUUUUGGUGAAAAAAAUAUCACUAAUAUAUCAAAAAAAUAAAAAGAAGAUCUCGAACUUUCAGCCGACUCCGAAAAACCACAAAUAAAGACGAUUCUGAGGACUCUGAUUCAUCGGACGAAGACGUGAAAAAAACAAGGCGAAGACCCCCCAAAAAAAGGUAAAUCUCAACCGUUGAUUUUUUUCCUUCAUAUCACUAUUUUUCGAUUCUAUCGUUGCUAUGUGCUUUUUCUGACUGUUCAGCUAUCGUUAGUGACUGUUUGUAUCCUAUUCACUUAGUUUUUUUUUAAAGCUUGCCACAAAAUUUAAUGAAAAAGUAUUUAUGAUUUGCGCUGAUGCUUUAGCCAGCUACGGACGAGAAUUUGAACGGAGAUGAUUUCUUGAAAACUCCAACCAAUCUCGGCGAGCCACUCGCAACUUCCACCGUUAAGGUUUAGCCGAAAUAAGUUCCUAAAUUGAUUUUUGUUGAAGCCGGAUCACGAAGCCAAUGGCUCGGCAAGAAGUAACAGAAAAUCGUCGCCUUUCCGCCGCGUUCAGUUGAGAAAAGAUGACGUCCCCGAAAAGUUCCGCAGCAACGCUUUUGAUGGAGUAAAAAUCGAUUCGAGACCCUUUGAUUCAUUUUUCUGUAUUCAGAACCAUGAUACUUGGGGACAAAAGGCUAGUAAAUCUCUUGGCGCUGUUGUCGGUAAAGCUUUCCGUCAUGAGAAAACGAAAAAAAAGAAGGUUUUCCUCGUCUAGUUUGUGAAUCAAGUGAUGAGUUUGCAAAUUUAGGGAAGUUACGGUGGUGGACCGAUCAAUCAGUCCGUCAAUUCUGUCAAAUUCGACUCCGAUAGCGAAUAA